AUGGGCCUUGGAAAGACCAUUCAGGCUAUGGAAUUUUUGGCUCAUCUAGCUGAAGAUAAAAAUAUAUGGGGACCUUUUCUUGUUGUUGCUCCUGCAUCUGUAUUGAACAACUGGGCAGAUGAAAUUACCCGCUUUUGCCCUGACUUGAAAACUCUUCCAUAUUGGGGUGGGCUUCAGGACUGUACAGUUCUGAGGAAAAAAAUCAACCCGAAGACACUAUACUGCAAGGAUGCUGGGUUUCACAUUCUUAUCACCAGCUAUCAGCUACUUGUUUCUGAUGAGAAGUACUUUCGGCGGGUGAAAUGGCAAUAUAUGGUGUUGGAUGAAGCCCAAGCAAUUAAAAGUUCAAACAGUAUAAGAUGGAAGACACUGCUUAGUUUUAAUUGCCGAAAUAGGCUUCUGCUUACUGGCACUCCAAUCCAAAAUAAUAUGGCAGAGUUGUGGGCCUUACUACAUUUCAUUAUGCCAACCUUAUUUGAUAGUCACGAACAGUUUAAUGAGUGGUUUUCUAAAGGAAUUGAGAGCCAUGCAGAACAUGGUGGUACUUUGAAUGAGCACCAGCUUAACCGAUUGGUUGACAAGUUUGCUUUGGAUGCUUUACAUGAUAAUGCAGAACUUCAUUUGCAGUCUUUGGAGCCGUUGAUUCAGUAUUUUGCAGCCCCAUCAAAAUGCACUUAUACUACAUGCAUUUAUGGAUCUCUUUUGUUCGUUUGUUCGUGUUAAUCUUUUCUCAGAGAAGGUAACUG